UGGCACAGAAGUCUAACGAGCAGGCUAACGUCGUGGCCGACUCGGCGGUGACGGGCGCUAACGAGGUAGCGGCGGUGGCGGUGGAGGAAGUGGAAAACGCAGCGAUGGCGAGCGGCUUUGUCAGCACGGAGGAGGCGGGAGCAGUGUCUGAGGAGGCCGACCUCCAGAAGACGGGAGCUGCAGAGCAGACGGCUCAGUAGAGUGGGUUCCUGCAGUCGUCCAGAGAGAGAAGAUCUUUGAUUUGAUCUGCAUCGUCCUCCAUCCUCCCCGCGUUACCCAUGAGCCUCUCUGUUUUUAACCAUUUAAAUCUCCUCUCUGAAUGCAUGUGGCUUUACUGACACUCUUUACAUACUAGAAGAAACACAUCUCACACUCUCUCACACUCUCUCACACUCUCUCACACACUCUCUCACACACUCUCUCACACUCUCUCUCACACUCUCUCACACUCUCUCACACACUCUCUCACA